GAUCAACAUUCUGUUAUUGUUGUUGUUCUCACUGUUUGUCAUCAUUUCUUCGAUUCACACUCACACACACUCUUCAAACCCUACAACAACACAUUUUAUAUUUUCUAUAAUUAAAACCCUAACCCUAAACUCUUUGCAUUUUUUGUUAAUUAUACUAAUUUACUAUACACAAAUGACUUCCGAUUCUUCCGCCGCCGCCACCACCGCCGUCGCCUCCCGUACUUUGCCGUGGUCUCAGGUUGUUCGAGGCGGAGCUGAGCCGGAGCCUGUCUCUUCGUCGUCUGUUUUGCUGGAGCAAAACCUUGUGGUUACUGAUCAGACUACAGAAAUGAAGCCGCCGGCGGCGGCGGCGACGACGACGACGGUCACGGCGGCGGAGAUGGCGGAGGAGGCGGUGGUUGUUGUGAGUCAGUCUGAUGGCAAUGCGAGUGGUGUAAUGAAGUCUGCUUGGAAUAAGCAACCUCUUCCUUCUUUGGUGUCUAAUGGUGGUGGUGUAAUUGGAGGUGCCUCUUCUUGGCCUGCGCUUUCGGAAUCGUUAUCGAAAUCAUCGGAGUCGUAUGGAUCGUCUUCGGUCAGUGUUUCGCAGGCACCCGUAAUAACACAACCGUCAUCAAAACCUGUAAAAUCUAACACAAGUCAUCACUCUAAUCAAAACCAUGCUCGCCCUGCUUGGCACAAGUCGAUGAAGAAAGGCGGUGGUGGUGGUGCAGGGGGUGGUUACAAUCAGCCGCCACCAUCUCUUCCACCUCCACCACCACCAAUGCCACCAUAUCCUCUUUUUGAUCUGUCAUAUGGUGGUUUUGUACCAGCAGUUUUAGAUUCUGGGGUCAGGGAGCAAUCUCCAUAUAAUGGCAGCAAUCUUGUACCUAGACCAAUGGCUAGUGUUGGGUCUCACUCACGUCCCCCUCAUGAUCAGCCGUCAAAUAGGAAGAGGAAUAACUUUGGGCCCCGACCUCGAGGUGAGGGAGGGUCGUAUGUUAACAAUGGCCAUGGAGGCAGGCGAGAUCAACAUGAUCGCGAUUGGCGUGGUCCGCGAAGCCAUGGUGUUAUGCCACAUCAAGGGGCUCCUCCACCUCCCCCUCCUCCUAGAGGAUAUGUACCACAACCUCACCUGGGUCCUGCUCCUUUUAUUGCUCCCCAGCCCAUAAGACCAUUUGGAGCCCCCAUGGGCUACGAUAUGCCACCACCAUUUGUUUAUGUUCCAGCACUGCCUCCAGAGUCUUACAGGGGCGCACCCAUUCUCCCUCGUGCACCUCCACCUCCUAUGUACAUCCCUGUUAUGGAACCACCAUUGUCUGUGUUGAUUCAACAUCAGAUUGAGUAUUAUUUUAGUGAUGCCAAUCUGGUGAAAGAUAAUUACCUGCGGUCAAACAUGGAUGAAGAAGGUUGGGUGCCUGUCUCUUUAAUUGCUGGAUUUCGUCGAGUUCAAAAUUUGACAAGCGACAUUCAAAUGAUUUUGAGUUGUUUAAGAGACUCAGCUGUUGUUGAAGUUCAGGGUGAAACUGUAAGGAGGCGUAAUGACUGGGCAAAAUGGGUCCAACCAUCCACUAACACCAAUAUUCCAGCGGAUUCCAGCUCUCAGUCGUCGCAUGCAGAUCCUGAUGGCUCAGUCAUCGAAACUUCUCUACAGAAGCUUGUUUUGGAUGAAUCAAAAACCGUCCAACAAAACACUAUAGAUACAAAUGUCACUCAAAGCAAAGAGGAAGCUUUAGAUAUCUAUUCUUCAGGGUUGACUGAUUCAUUAGAGCUAGCCAACGGGGAGGUGACUAAUGGUGAUCAGUCCAUGAAUGCAAAAUCUUCAACAUCUUCAUGAGUGAGCUCUGAUUUGACAGUUUGCAGUAAAUAAUGAUGAUGGUUCGACACAAUAGUGACAGUAUCACGGGAUUUGUUGUUUGUAUAGAUAUGGUGCCAUUUAUCUGUUUGAUGAGAUCAAAGUUUCGAAGAGCUUGGCUGGGAAGGUUGGCGGAUAAGAUUUGCGGCGUUUUGCUGCCAGGAGUUGUGAAGAUUGAAUCCGAUUUGUUCUUAUAUUUUCACAUAUUUUUGUUCCAAAGUUAUACCUAGACUAUUUACACAUUCUAGAUAUACUUCUAAGUGAUUUUGCGACUUUUUUUUUGUAUAAUGUCGAUGACAUUACCUUGAACUUUUAGGUUCAUGUUCAAGAUCUGUAGAUAUUUCAUUUCUCUCGGCUGUAAUAUUUUUGAUUGCUUUUGUGCUCUUCUGAAGUUUAUAAUACUUUAUACCCUUGAUUGAGAGGCA